AUGAAUUUCUGCGCAAAAGUAUGCUUUGUCGGUCCAGAAGGCUCGGGAAAAACACAACUAUGUCAUCGUAUCAGAGGUGGAGAUACUAUGGAUUAUAAUUUGUUCCCAAAAACAAAUGGAGUUCGGUAUUCUGAAAUCCAGCGAACAAUUCACAAUCGCAAUAUAACACUGUCAUUAUGGGAUAUAGGUAGUUCGUCAAAUUCUCACCUAGAAUGUUAUAUAAAAUCAAGCGAUAUUGUGAUUUUGACGUUCCCAGUUGAACAUAUAGAAAAACUUGAAGAACUCGAUAAUCUAAUAUACAUGAUUUCUAAAUAUUCAUCGUGUCCAUUGAUAACUGUGGUCGGUCAUUACAGAUAUUUCAAUGAUCAGCAAAUUUCGAUACCAAUGGAUAAUGUCGCCACUGGUUUUCAAUUUGCAACUUCGCAUGGUUACCCUUAUAUGUUAGUUGUUGAUCAAGAGCAGCUAAGUAUUGAUUCGAUUACUCUGGCUAUUCUUGAACAGAUUGAAACAAAUUACCUUGAACCAAAAUGA